AUGGACGACAAUCCGCCGCCAAAGAAGAAAUCACGCUUCUUCAGUAGUGGCAAAAGCAAAGUCGGCAACAUCCUGCACCCAUUCCGAAAGCAGUCGCAGGCAGACGGCGAGAAGUCGUCAGACAACAGCGCUGACAAUGACCCUCAGUCAGAGACCAAUACGCUUCCACUGCUAUCCAAUCUCCAUACGCCUUCCGUCACGCAGCCGGCGAAUCCAGCUCGACCCCAGGUUGAUAAUGUGACGUCUAACUUGGAGCUUUCGAGGCCAAUUUCCCAAACCUCAAAGUCCACACCGCCUUCCUCCGCAGCCCAGACGGACUCUGCGACCCAUGGUCCACAUCAAGGCGGAGGACAAAGCAAUCCAUUUCAGCCCUUUGUUACAGAGAGUGAAGCUGAAACGGACUUGGAAACGAGCUCUGGCUCUGAAGACGAUCAGCAUGAAGAAGAUUUUGACGAGAGCGACCGAGAGAAUGUCAAACCAGACACCAAUCCAAAGCCUGGGUCGGCCGUAGCCGAUUUCGAUCAAACAAGCUUAAGGCACAAACGGAGGAAUGCCAUCUAUGGUGUCGAGGCUCUUCUCCCACCCGGCGCCAACAGACUGCACACAUACGGACAACACGCUCCUCCAAACCCAGCCCCAAUCUUUACUCCUGCUCCUCCGGGCCCUCUGGGAAAUAGCUACACCUUUGGCGGCGUCCCCACGAACCCUCAUGUUGUUCCAGCCGGCGGACAAUAUGCCUUCAACUUUCGCACCACGCAGGCUGUGCCCGCGCCACCAACCGUGGAACGAGCUACGAGUGAUGGUUUGCGGCACCCACUGGGCUCCGGUCUUGCUCGCAUCGCACAGCAAACUGUUCAUUCUGAUACCGGUCCCCUCCACCAGCAACAACGGUCACUAUCGGCAAACCCGUCGAACACCGUCACGGGUGCUUAUGUGGACAUGGACCGGGAUGAACAUGGUCGCCGGCUGCAGAAUUUCCCGUCACGCGUGCCACGUCCUCCUGCACACCACGGCAUCUAUGCGAACCCCAGAGUCCCACCUCACCUGGCCAACCCAGACUCUCUCGUACCGGAACACAUGUACACGGCUCCCAACCGUAUCGAACACGCCCAAAAGUUCGCUCGCAUCUCCCUGAAACGCAAACGACCCGAAGCAAUCCUGCCCCCUCCGUCCUAUGUCUACCAGCGCACGGGGGACCCCAACUUCAGCAUCUUCCAGGGCUUCCUGCUGUACCCGGAACUCUGCUUCACCCUGGCAGCACACCUCCCGGUCAAGGACCUGGUCAGCCUGUACGCGAUCAGCAAGGACUUCCACACCAUCCUGGACACGCGGUUCACCACGGUCAUCCUCUCCCAAGCGACGGCCAAAGCCCCCGAAAGUGCCCGGGCGUUCAUGUUCCGCAGCUACGCACACCUCUGCCGCUGCGACCCGGCCGCCCGCCUUCCUCACCCCAACGCGCGUCUCGCCGCACACAACGUCCCGCGCCGCAUCCCGUCCUUCCGAUGGCUCAAGAUGAUCCUGCACCGUGAAAAGGUCAUCCAUGAAAUCAUGACCGUCUUCGCCGAAGACGGCAUCCCCCUCCCGGCGAGGUGUGCGCUGGCGCUCAAGAGGCUGUGGUUCAUGCUGGACAUCCCCGACAACGCGCGACGCAUCGGCUACUGCCAUAACCGGGGGAUGAUGACGGACCUGGACCUGUACUUCUCCGCGUGCUUCUUCACGAAGCUGGACAUGCGGCUCAACGACCCGGUGUCCGGGGAGAAGAGAGACGGGAUGCGCAAACUCCUCCUGGCGCAGCGCGGGUUUACCACGAUCCUGCGCGUGUUGAAGCGCGACAUCUGGACGACUAGGUUCGACGCGCUCAGGGAGUGGGUCAAGUGCAAGUACACGCCCGCGCCGGACGAGACGGAGUUGAGCAUUUUUGGCAUUCCCGCGCACCGGAUCGGCAAGGGCCGGCUGGAGUACUGGGGCCUGCGGACCGCGCAGCAGCUCGGUCGCCAGCCCGAGGUGCUCCUGCGGCCGGACCAGCUGAUCAUCCGCGAGGCGUUCCGACGCGGCAUGCGCUUCGACAAGCACUACGUCAAGUUCAUGAUGUACGGGUAUGUGCGCCCGGACACGCUGGAGGACUACGCGCCGCGCACGUACGGGCGGAGGAUCGCCGAGAUCAAGGACGACGAGUACGAGGUGGACGACGUGAUCGGCGGGGUCGCCGCGCUCGAUGUCGACGACGAAGGGUUCGAUCCCCUCCUCGACCUCGGCCGGCCCCGCAAGGUGAGCAGCUUCACCAUCGUCAAGGAGGACACGUCCAAGCGGGAGAAGGAGCUGAGGAAGGCCGAGGCAGAGCUGCUGAAGAGCUGUCACGAGUGGUGGGAGCGGGAACUGGCGCAGCAGUGGGAGGGGCAGAAGAAGCAAAAGGUCAGCGGUAGUGGUGGACGUCGGUAUGCUGGCGGAUGCUCGACGCGGUAA